AUGAUUUCGACCCCCUUCUCACCUUUAACUGUCUCAUCACUUUCAUUUUUAACCGUGUCACCUUCAACCCUCUUCCCACCUUCACCCCUUGCCUCCUGUUUCUGCCUAUAUAUAUCGGCCAGAUCCCCCAGUCCUUUCUCGACUCUCGCCAGAAAGCAAUCUGCCCAAGGCCACCAAGGGCAAGGUACUGCAAAGCAUGGUGGAUGGCUUCAUGUUUCCUUACCUUGUGCAACGCCCCCGAGGAAAUCGUGGGUGCCACAGCAUUCUCUGAUAAUCGGAACGACACGAAAAUAUGGGAACGUCGCCAUCCCAGUCCAAUUGCCGGCCAUCCAACCUUCUCACUUGAGUGCCGUGAUGGAUCGACCGGGCCGACUGAGACGUGCAGUUGAAGCAUUCCUGCUUAGCUUACAAGAGAAUACGCCGACAAACUCCAUUUCCUCCUCCACAAUUGCGCCUCCUCUUCUCACACGCCUCAUAUCUCUCACACUUACCUACUCCCUCUUCUCAACCACAACGGUAACAACAGCAACAGCAACAACAACGACCACCUUGCUCUCGUCCUCUGGAAUCUUGUCCAGGACCCACUCGGCAAUAUGGGUAAGCUGCAACGCAUGGUCAAUGCUAUCAUUCAUGGCGUGA